CAUUUACUUGUUGGCAUGUAUGUAUCAGAAGGCUGUAAUAACGGAUUAUUCGGUGCGCUCUUUUUGAUAUAUUGUAUUUGUAUACUGUACUGAGCAGCAGGACUAAAAGUUGGUGUGGAGUAAAUCAGCUGUCUUACCAUGUUUUGUCCAGCAGGGGGCAGCAGCAGCUCUCCAUACGAUCGGAUGUACAGAUUUAAAAGGAACCUUUAUUGCAGCAGGUUUCCACAUUUGAGAAAUUCACUGUUAAAGCCAGUUUCCCUAAAGCUUAAUGGACGCAUUAUUUAAUAUACAAAUUUGCAUACGACUCCAGAACUAUAAAGGUACUUUUUGUCACUUGGCUUUUCGGCACUUCUUAAAUCAGUUUAAUAUUUUUAGCUGUAGGUUUCAGGAAACACGUUUAGGAAUCAUCAGGAUUGUGGUAAAAAUACUACAUUAUUUGCUUUAUUUCUGGAUUAAGUUAUUCUGGUGUUAAGCUUCCUUUUGAUUGAGUUAAUAAUUCUCAGACUUCCCCAACCAGCAAGAUAUUUGGUUCUGCUUCCAAGAAACACAUUUACACGCAGCGUACUGUACAUUCAGAGGAAUUACAUCACACUACCGUUAUAGCCCGGAGCUACACUGCAUUUUGUCAACGACGCAGUGACGAAUGUUUGAGAAGAGUGAUCACACCUUGUCUCGCUUUUCUUUUAGGCUGUAUUUGGUUAUUAACCUUAAAUAAUGAUGUCUCCCUGUGCGUGGUGCUAACAAAACAAAUUAGCUUUUAAACAAAAGGGCACCAUGAAAUGUGUCUUACAGAUUUACCCUCAGGCAGACGUUAUCUCACAAAGAUGUGGCAGCAAUUCUCCAUCAUCAUAAGCAGUUGAGGAAAAGUUGAUCUUAAAUCAGACCCAUCUGUACAAACUGUAUCCAAAUUUCAACGAAAUAAGUAUUAUUUUUAUUAACAAAAAGGAUAUUGUGACGGCAUGUGGAAGUUCCUGGUAAGUGUCCGCAUGGUAACUCACCAUCCGAUCACACGCUGACACACACGCUGACAAUUACCAGCAUUGCCGUCACGCAUGAUAUUUAUUCAUUGAAACCUUGGGUCAAGCAUAACAAAUCACUGAGCUUCCCCUCAUUUCAAGUGAUGCCAGGAAAUUCACAGAGAAGAUAAGACAAGACAUAAGACUUUUAGGUUUUUUAGUUUUAAGCCUUCCAAGAAAAGUCUGAUGAAUGAAAAUCACUCUUUAGUUGAUGCAUAUGAACAUAUAAACAUACGAAUCCAGUUCUCAUUGAACGAUUAACCUGUGAAAAAAGCAGCAGGAAAAAUGCAUUGCAAACACACUUAUUCAUAAUGCCCUAUGAAUAAAGUUGAUAGUACCAAAAAAUAUCAUUUUUCAAGGCUUCCAAAACAUGCAGACAGCCACAAACUCUUCCUCCAGCCCUUCUCACCACGACCCAGAGAACAGCGCACACUCUGUGUGGGGAGAUUCUUAUUGGGACCAUAAUGGGAGUCAUGAGGAUCUACUCUUUUCGACAGGAAGCUGUAAACAAAAAAAAAAGAAACAUCUCAUCUGUCCUCAAAGUACGACUCGGUGGCCUGUGUUUGUGGACACACAAAGACAAGCCCCUCGCUCGCGUCAACCAGGGACGUAGCAGAACAACCGGACUCGGCCUGUGCACAAAUGUGACCCGUGAGUCGAGACCUUUAUCUCAAGUUGACCUUCUGCACGGAACAAGGUGAGCGUUUACCUCCUUCCUGUGGGAUUGCAGCACUGGGAGUGUGCGCCGACUUCCUCGCGGUGUGUUCUGACUGCAUGUUCUCAGUUACUUGAAACCAAUUCCCAUGAACGGUCUUAUUGUUUGCUAAACGUCGGUUAUACCACGUCAGUCAACCAUGCAGAGCAAACACGCACCUUGCGAGUUCCUGAGAACAGCGUGUUUGUCAUCAGAGGUAACAAUUUACUGCUGUUAACCACAAUAGGCUGGAGUACAGCGUGUAGCGACAAGAGGCCGAUGCCCUCCGGUGUCUCGCUGCCAUGAGCUCCUUUCAAACAUCUUUCUUCGGCAAGUCACUUUCCCCCAUUCAUCUCCCACUCCUCCUUUUUGAUUUACCCUGCGCACGUUUGAACGUGAUGUUUUUAAUCCUCCGUCUUCUCAAAGGGUUUUUCAUCAGCCAGCUGUGCGUCGGUCAACUGAGAGCACAGCUGGGCACCACGCCGAACAUUAAGCACAUUGUGGUUGGACGGUGCUACAAUUACAUCACUCUAGUUAACCCCAGCUUGAGGAUUGACUGUGAGGAGAUCUGGCGACGGUUUGAGGAGUCGGUCGUCUUCCGGUCCUCGUUCAACGCGACGGUGGAUUACAGUCAGAUGUUCGAUGCCAUUCCUCAAACGUGGCCUUGUAAUACGUGUCUCUUCUGGAGCAAAACCAGGAACCUGAUGCACAGCUACGCAGCUGUGGAGCGUCACUUCUGGACCUUGGAGGACACGCUGGUUGGCUUCAUGUUCAACGACCUGGUCUGGUGCGGACAGGAGAAACACUCCGGCUUUGGUUUCAGUUCCUGUCCGCCUUGGGCGGCGAGUACACAUCACCCAGUGUAUUCCCUGUGGAGGCACGCCUCACAGAACUUUGCGGAAAUGGCGUGCGGCAACAUCACUGUAUUGCUGAAUGGGUCCAUUUCCAACGCCUUCAACAGGGAAAGCAUGUUUGGAAGUGUCGAACUGGACGGUCUGGACCCCUGCAGAGUGGAUUACGUCAACAUAAAGGUGGUGACCAACCUGGAGGGACCUUUCACAGAAUCAUGUAGUAAAGGGUCCAUCGCAGACUUGAUCCAGGUCUUGCGGUCCAGAGGCUUCCGCUGGACCUGCACACACAACGACGAGACCCUGAUGAUCCUUCAGUGUGUUCAGAACCCCGAGCAGUCCUCCUGCCAACGAUGUGCAAGCGGCUUCUCGCACGGACGCGACCUCUAGUCCGCCUGAAUCACCCACAGAUUCAUGUGGCUGUUAAGACUGAAGGUGGACAAAAAUGAAUUGGCAGCUCAAAGAUUUCCCGAAGCAAAGUGCUUCGGUUUGCCCCUCGUUCUCUUCACUGGAUUCCAUUUCAUCAGCCGAUCAAGUCAGAGAAUUAAACUGUUUUCUGCAGCAAUAUGAUAUCUGACUAUUAUGGGUUAAAAGGCUCUCACACAUCCACAUGCUGUCAGAUCCUGGUGGAAUCAAAGCUUUAAAACGCUCCACCCUCUGCUCCUCCGUCACCGUCUGCAGCCACGGCCGAGGACCAGAGCCGGCCGCUUACAACCUGCCGUCCCUCCAGGAGUUUCUCCCCUCCAGGUCUCUGAGUCGGGCCAGAAAGAUUGUAGCCGACUCCGCUCUCUCCGUGGGGACAAACGGUUUGGUUCCCAAUUCGUCCGGCUGGAUGCUGCAGCCCAUCGGGACUGAAAGAGCUGCUGUCUGCAUGUGGACUCAUCAACAAAGCCUGUACAUACACUUUAAUAACAUGCUGGUUUGUUUGUUAUAUUUUAUUGGAAGUUUUCCUAUUUUCUGUUUUCAAGUCAUGUGUUUUACUGUCACCCUGUGUUUAACUUUUUGGCAAUAAAACGGUUUGAUUUCUGA